GCACAAUAGGCAUGUUGCGUAUACGGUAGUCGUUUACAUAGCAGAUAAUGAGCGGUAAUCGCAGUGCACUGUGGGAUAUUUUAUGUAACGGCGCGCUGAUUUGAUUUGUUUACCUGUUGACCUCUACAAAAGAGAAAAGUUAUGAGGACGCCAAAAAAUGCAGGGGCACUUAGUCGGAUGACUUCAACCUCCUCGGAAUACAUCUCCCCAUCGACAAGAAGAAUCCAGUCAAAGCGGUCCAGUAGCCACACACCAACCUUUGUAAAUGUGUCUGAGAAUGAUGAUGCUGCCGAACGGAGACAGCGAAGACGCUCCAAGGUUUUGGAGCUGCAGCGACAGUUGCAGAGUCCAGCCACACCAACAGAAAGAAGGAGAUCACUCCCUUUAUAUGGAUUGACCACAGACCAACUGACUGAACACUAUUCUAGCUGCAUAAAAUUGUCUGCUGAGAAUAAAAUCAAUGCAAAAAAUGCAUUUGGGCUGCAUUUAAUUGAUUAUAUGUCUGAAAUGCUGAAAGAAAAAAUGGGUGAACUAACUAAUUUUCAAAUGGCAAGUUGUACACUAGAUGCUGGUGCAAAAAUCUACGCUGGACGAGUUGAUGCUGUGCAUGCAGACACUUACAAGGUGUUGAGUGGUCUCGGUCACGGCGAUAAGCAGACUCGAAAGGAUGACCAAGAGGAGGGUGAUGUUGCCAAGACAACAAAAAAGAAAAAAGUACGUCAGGGCAAUACUGUGGUCACGAAUUUAAAUACUAUUACAGCUAAUAAAGUGGAUGUAGAAUUUGAGGUUGAUCCCUUGUUCCAGAAGACUGCAGCAGCUUUUGAUGAGGGCGGUACAUUCAGUCUGCUCCUUAACCACCUUCCUGUGCGUGAUGACAGCUGCGAGUUGUUGCUUGACUCGAGCUGUGUCAUAGACAAUGUAGGUCGGGAGCCAGAAGAAGUUAAAGAAAAGCAGGAUACAACUGUUGACCUAUCAGAGAUCAGAGGUCACUAUAGUAGUGUGCAUUUUGAAGCUCUUCAGAUUUGUCCUGCUUUUACAGACUUUGAAUUCUCAAACUGGAGUCAAAAUGGAGAGAAUGCAUUCAGUGAAGUAUUUGCCAAGAUGGCACAGAGUGAAAAAGCUUUUGAUAUAAAUAGCGUUCCAGAACCAAUUGAGGAUGACCACCCUGUUGACGAUUAUGGACCUGACCAUUUUAAUGGUGGCGAUUAUAGUGACGAUGAUAGUGGUGGUGGUACUUGUGGAUCAGACCAUUUUUCGUUAGGAGAGUCUGUAUUUGUGGGUGAUGAUAAAGAGGCUCAAAUGAUUACAGAACAUCGUAAUGGAAUGACAAUGGCGAGCACCAAAGAUGGUAAUCUCUGCCUGCAGCUAGCCCUUCAGCCUGGCGAGUACUCCUACUUUAAGCCCAACGCCUUCACAAUGUGGGCUGGGCCCGAACAUUGGAAGGUUAAACCAUUUUCUAAAGAACCUGGUGAAAAGAAAGAUGAUGGGGUUAAGAAGGCCAAGAAACCUGCAUUUAAGUUGGAUUAUGACCAAGAUGUGGAUUUCUCAAAGUAUUUUUCUACUUCAAAGGCAGCAACUACUUUAUCUAAAGUUACUUUGGAUAAGAACAAGAAAACACAGACAACAUUACCUGAAGAUUUACACUACCACCCAGACACACUGUUUAAACUAUUCCUCAAACCAUCUUUCAUGGUAAAAAGACAAGCCAUAGAAACAUCAGAGGGUAUGGAUGAUGGCAUUGAGGGAUAUGACUACAAUAAUGAGAACGAUUGUGCCAACUUCUGUCCUGCUAUGGAUGCUGAAGAUGACGACUUUGAUGAUGAUGUUGGCGGAGGAGGCGACUGCACUGCCGCCAGGAGUGACUGCAGCAGUAACCUUUUCCAGAGUUCAGUGGUGGGAGAUGACAGCAUAUUCGAUACAACGGCAUUCAGUGGUGACAAACUAGUUUCGCAACCACACCGGGUUGCAAAGAUCGAUGUACCAUACGCAAAAACUGCAAAGAGGAUGGACGUGAAGAAGUUAAAGAGUGCUAUGUGGAAGUUGUUAACAUAUGUAAGUGAGCAAGAAAAGGAAAACAUUGUAGAAAAUGAGAAAAAUCAGAAUGAGGAGAGAAAAGAAGAUAAAGUCACUCAGCAGAAAUCAUUCAAAGAGAUGUACAGCACUCUGCCCAGAGAAAUCUCAAAAAACAUGUCAAAGAAUCUCAGCGUACCUAUUGCAUUUGUCUGCUUACUACACUUAUGUAACGAGAAGAAUCUGAUUGUUUCAACAAAAGGAAAUAUGGACGAUUUGAAUAUUAUACAAACUAAUGUGGAAAAAAUAACACCCACGUAACAUGCAUUGAAUAUCCACGCAAUAUAACAUUUAAUACUCACACAACCUUUGUAUAAUAUUGUACAUAUUGUCUUAAAACAUUUGAUAAGAAACUACAAUAUGUUAUUGAAUAGUGAAAAUAUUACAUAACAUAAUCACUGAGUGAAUCUAUGUAACAUUUUCUUUUAAAAAACAUAUAACAAUUUGCUUUAUUAAAGCUGGAGCAAACUUUGUCAAAAUUGUAGAGCUAUAGGCGUUUACACUAAUCUAUAUUUGAAUACUUUUAUGCACGUCUGGAUAUUUAAAACUAUUUGUAGCUUGCAGUGAAGAUGUAGCUUGGUAUAAAAUGCUUGCCUACCAGUCUCAGAGUUCUGGUUUCAAAUAUUUUCAAAAAUAUAAUUUUUAUGAGGUUCAUUUAAAUAAAUAUGUUAUUUAACAAGCAAAAUUGAGGCUUCAAAUUGGUAAACAGUUAAGAUAAUCAUGGCCUACUUUUUUUCUACCUCUGAUCAUCCCUGCUUGAUACGGUAUUUUCUUUUUCUACAUAAAACCGUGUCAAAUGUGUACUCUUUUAUUCUCUUAGUAAUGUGAUAUACUGUAGUAUGAAUGUAUCAUCUUGAAUAAAGUGCUUUUGUACAUAAAACAAAACAAUGAAAGCUAUGACGUCUCUUAAAUACAAUCUCUCGGUUUUUAUUGUUCUCGAGAGCAUUUAAGCUCGGAGAUUAAGUGUUGUUUAAUGUUUAUCAUUUCUAUCCACUGUGUUGAGAAGUGAAAGAGAUUGUAGGCUUGGCAUUGAUGUUAGUAUGAAACUCCUUUAUUCGGUGGGUAUAAAGUCUUCCGUCAUUACACAGAUUUAUAUUAAAUAUUUAGGAAAAAUGCAUGUCCUUAAAAACAGUUAGCUAAACAUACGAUGAAUAUUUUAGUACAUGUAUCAUAUCCAAUAACUAUUUAACUGAAUGUAUAUUUCUUGAAUGAAGAUGAGUUUUCAAAACUAUUUGUCAUGAAAGGGAAACAUCACAAUAAAAAAAAACAAAUGUAGUGAUAUAAAGAUGAACCAUUUUGUUAAUUGUAUCAAGAUUCGUUGCUUUCACACGACUAAAUGCAGUACCUUGCUAAAAGUUAGUGCAAAUGUAUAACUGACCAAAAAUAAGCCGCGUCCUUUUAUUAUUAUGCACACAAGACCUUUACCGGCCUAUUUUAUUUCUGAGAUGUAGAGACAUUGGUAUUCAAUAUUAUGCAUUCUCACAAGCGAAAUAUCCUUGCUAGGGAAAGUACCUUUGUUAAUAUUUAGUAUAUUUUAUAUGAACAGGCAUCCAAUUUGGAAGAAAUUCCUUAAAG